CGGGGAGGUGGCGACAUGGUGGACUCGGGGCUCUCCGGUUCGAACGAAACCAGCUACAGCAGCGGCGUGUGCUCCACGCCGACCGGCACGGAGGCUCCCUCCUCAUACGCGACGCCGCCGGAUACGGAAGCCCUGAGGAGGCUCUCCGACAGCCUCGAAUCGAUCUUCGAGCGCCCGCGCGCCGGCGCCGGCUCGUCCUUCUCCAACGCCGCGAUCGUCGCCGGCGACGGCCGCGAGGUCCCUGUCCACCGGUGCGUCCUCGCCGCGCGGAGCCCGUUCUUCGGGGCCGCGUUCGCGGGGAACGAGAGCGGAGCGAGGCUCGAAUUGGCGGAGGUGUUCGGCGUGAGUUCUUUCUUGGGUGUUCUUCCUUUUUUUUUUGUUCUGGGGAAAAGGAAGAAACUGGAUAGGUGCACGCCGGUGAGGAAGCCUCACACUUCGACUUCAGAUCUGCUCACGUGGUCGGAGACUCCGCCUCCCCACGAUUCGGUGGCGCCCGGUUCGGCUUCCUCUCUCUCCAAUUCUCGCUCUCACCAGGUGUUGUGAGAAGAGAGUAAGUGCUGUUGCAGUAAGCAAUGAUGGCCUAUUUGUGUGUUUUGCUGAUAAGCUUGGAGUUGUUUGGGUUGUGAGUUUAAAGGAGGAUGCUGAAAAUCAGGCUUUGCCUGAUUAAAAAGCAGCACCAAUGCUGGCUCACUAUUGCAGCAUCAUCGCUAGCUUGGAAUUUUCUCCAGAUGGACGGUUCAUUGUCAGUGCUGAUCGGGAUUAUAAAAUUCGUGUUACUGUGGUUCCCAAGAAUCCAUUGGAUGGGGCUCACGAGAGACAAACUUUUUGCUUGGGUCAUUCUGAAUAUGUAUCCUGCCUUGACUUCAUUCGUUCCCCAGAUUAUCCACAUGGGCUUCUUGUUUCAGGAAGCGGUGAUUCCACUGUUCGCCUUUGGGAUGUGACAUUGGGUUCUCUCUUGGAUACUUGUGAAAUUGGAGCUAAGUUUGACAGAAGGAUUUACUUUCUUCCUGAAGGCAGAACUUUCAGCUACUGAUGGAAUAGAAGAAGAGCCCUGUCAUGCUGUCACUGAUCUUUG